AAUGACCAUAUUUUAAUAUGUUGAGGUAUAUUUUGAAAAGAAUAAUAUUUUAUAUCUGGUUUGCUUUUCAAGGGUCUCUAAAGGUUUAUUUAAUUUUUAGGUACGAACAAAAGAGGAGAGCCAAAAUUCAAAAGCUUAAAUAUUUUAUUAAAAUCUUAUACAAUGAUAAACAGGUUUCCUGCACUUCAAUUUCUCCUCUACAGUUUGAUUUUAAAGUCAUGUUUCAGCAAAUUUUCAAUAUUCAGUUAAUAUAUUGGCCUGAAACAAUUUGCUUGGAGGUUUAUGAAAUAAGUAAAAGGACAUGCUUAUUGGCAAAACUAUAUUUACCCUUACCUAACAGCACAGAAUUGAAAAGCAAAAGUAUUUUGGAAUAUCUAGAAUUUAGCUCUGAUAAACUUGUCAUACCUGCAUAUGGAGAAGUAGGAAGCAAUGUGCCCUUUCUUCUUGAGGAAAAUGGAACUGAAGAACUUUGUCUUUUGACAUCAGGAAAACUAAGCUAUUCUUUAUCAUGGGCCUUGGAUGAAAAUGGUGUUCCUCUGACACCUGUGUCACAGUCACUACAAUCUGCUUUCUGCAGUGUGUUAAGGAAUGUAGAUGCAAGAGGUGUUCCUGAAAUUCCAUGGCUUAUUAAUGCACAGAAGCUUUUUGAAUGGGCCAAUGAGGUCAGAAUUGACCCAAAUAACCCAGAAUGUUCUGAUUUAAUGGAAUUUAUUAUGUACAUAAAACAUAAAGGACAGGAUAUUCCAAAUUAUUUUCGUCUUGAACAGUUGCAAGAUGAAUUUAACUUUGUUUCUGAAGAGGAAAUGAAAAAGAGUAAACGUUUCCAGCUAUUGCAACUUAGAAAUGCUGGUCAAUUAGAUGUUUUCCUUCUGCAGCAAAUGCCCCUUUAUGACAGAGAGAUUCCAGAUUUAGUCUUCCAGGAAUGUGAAAGUCAGAUAGAAAAGGAUAUGUCCAUUUCAGAUGUGAAUUCUAUUACUGCACAAAGGAUUAAUUCUGCCAAUUUUCUGCAAAAGAUGAGAAGGUUGGUAAUGAGAAGAAUUGUCAAAGUUAGCAAAUUUAACUUAUCAGAUAUUGUGGCUGAUUAUGAAGAAAUUGUAUCUGCAAGCCAGUUGACAUAUGCAGUUUGUAAGCUUCUUGAACAACGAAGAAAGUUAAAGCCUCAGAGGAAAGAAAGGAAAAAAGUGGCAGCACAGACUGUCUGUGAUAGAGAUAUUAAGAUUCUUAUCAGAAUACUGAGAGCUUAUAAUAUUCCUACAAGGAAAACAACAGUUAAUAGGCACUCAGAAUGAUGUGUUUUAUUGAUGUUUCUUGGGCAGAGGAUAUGUGGGGUCAGAAUGAUCAAAUGAAGUCAUCCUGAAUAUUUAGUAUAUCCUCAAUAUCAAGUGUCA